ACGCGCCGGGCCUCCUCUCCUUUGUGCCAUCCGGGUCUCUCGCGCGAGCGAUUUAGUCUGAGGCGAAGCUUCGGAGCGGCCGGUACUGUUGAAAGCGACAAGUGGAGGCGCCGCUCUAGCGGCCGGGACUCUGAACUAUGGCGCCCAGAGCACAUUUGAGGAGAGGCAGACCAUAUUUUGCAGCAGCACUGUGCCAAGGGGCUGUUUUCAUUAAGGAGGGUUAAUGACAUUAAGAUGAGGUUCUCACUUAGGCUAGUGAUACAGAACGAGAUGGACUAGCCCCAGAAAAGACAUCACCAGAUAGAGAUAAGAAAAAAGAGCAGUCAGAUGUAUCUGUUUCUCCUAGAGCUUCAAAACAUCAUUAUUCAAGAUCACGAUCAAGGUCAAGAGAAAGAAAACGAAAGUCAGAUAAUGAAGGAAGAAAACACAGGAGCCGGAGCAGAAGCAAAGAGCGUGCUAAUGCGCGAAGAGACUGAACUGAAGACGCUGCAGACUCAGAUAGCAAAAUAAUAAGCCUACUUCAUGAUAAGAACCAACUUCUUCUUAAAACAGGCAAGAAGACAUGAAUCCAAAGAUAAAUCCUCUAAGAAACAUAAGUCUGAGGAACAUAAUGACAAAGAACAUUCUUCUGAUAAAGGAAGAGAGCGACUAAAUUCAUCUGAAAAUGGUGAGGACAGGCACAAACGCAAAGAAAGAAAGUCAUCAAGAGGCAGAAGUCACUCAAGAUCUAGGUCUCGUGAAAGACGCCAUCGUAGUAGAAGCAGGGAGAGGAAGAAGUCUCGAUCCAGGAGUAGGGAGCGGAAGAAAUCUAGAUCCAGAAGCAGAGAGAGGAAGAAAUCGAGAUCCAGAAGCAGGGAAAGAAAACGGCGGAUCAGGUCUCGUUCCCGCUCAAGAUCAAGACACAGGCAUAGGACUAGAAGCAGGAGUAGGACAAGGAGUAGGAGUCGAGAUAGAAAGAAGAGAAUUGAAAAGCCGAGAAGAUUUAGCAGAAGUUUAAGCCGGACUCCAAGUCCACCUCCCUUCAGAGGCAGAAACACAGCAAUGGAUGCACAAGAAGCUUUAGCUAGAAGGUUGGAAAGGGCAAAGAAAUUACAAGAACAGCGAGAAAAGGAAAUGGUUGAAAAACAAAAACAACAAGAAAUAGCUGCAGCAGCUGCAGCUACUGGAGGUUCUGUUCUCAAUGUUGCUGCCCUGUUGGCAUCAGGAACACAAGUAACACCUCAGAUAGCCAUGGCAGCUCAGAUGGCAGCCCUGCAAGCUAAAGCUUUGGCAGAGACAGGAAUAGCUGUUCCCAGCUACUAUAACCCAGCCGCUGUUAAUCCAAUGAAAUUUGCUGAACAAGAGAAAAAAAGGAAAAUGCUUUGGCAGGGCAAGAAAGAAGGAGACAAAUCCCAAUCUGCUGAAAUAUGGGAAAAAUUGAAUUUUGGAAACAAGGACCAAAAUGUCAAAUUUAGGAAAUUGAUGGGUAUUAAGAGUGAAGAUGAAGCUGGAUGUAGCUCAGUUGAUGAAGAAAGUUACAAGACUCUGAAGCAACAGGAAGAAGUAUUUCGAAAUUUAGAUGCUCAGUAUGAAAUGGCAAGAUCACAAACCCACACACAAAGAGGAAUGGGUUUGGGUUUCACAUCUUCAAUGCGAGGAAUGGAUGCAGUUUGAAAAUGAUCACACUUGUAAAGUUUGGGACUUACAGACUUCUUGUUCCAAUGUCAGGUCCUUGUUCACCAAACAGCUAGCACUCUAGCUUGCAUGGGUGUUGCAUUGACUUUAAUUUAUUGAAAAAUACAAAUUUUUGUAAAUAUCAGAUCAGUGAUACUGGUGUUAGUGUUGUAAUCAGGUUAAACCCACUUCCAUUAAACUUGACAGGACUAUAGAAGGACAAUAUUUUUUAGUUCAUGAAUUCUACUUUUCAAAUAUAUAAAAGCUGCAGGUGGGGAUAAAAUCUCAUACAUGGAUUUUUUCGUGUCCGCUGUCUUGUGUACUUUUGUACUUAACCUUGUACAGUUAUUUUCAUCUCUUGAAACAUGAAAGAAAUGUUAUGUAGAUGUUCUUUAGAAGAUCUGGCCAUUUGGUACAUAAUCCAGCACAGAUAAGCUGGGUGGUGAUGAUAAUAAAAAUGGUUUUCUCAAAA